AUGGGUUUAUCAACGGACUCGUUGCUAGCUCGUGUGCGGCCUUCAUGCUCCAAGCUCAUUGCGCAUGAGUUCUCGUCAGUUCGCAUCAAUAAAGGAAAAGCACGUAAAUUCUAUGAGGACUUAGACGUGAAGGAGUUUGAGAAAUUAGCAGAGCCCAUGAAUUUUCCACUUAACUUUCACUCGCAACGAGAUGAGCUCAAUUUUCUCACACUCUAUGGGUUACUGAACUUCGGUAGCGGCUUUAGAAAAGACUUGCACAAGUAUGCAGAUCGGGGAGCUCAUGACACUAUUGUUUUCGGGCUGAUUGGAAUGUACAUUUCGGUACCCAAGCUGGACGCCCGGUAUAUGACGAAGUUGACCAUUGACCUGGUGGCAAACUACUUCAGUAUACCUCUUGAGAAAGAUGAAGAAGUCUCUCCGGGAAUUUACAUGUCAAAACCAGGACCCCUAAAACCGCUGGCUGCGAUGAUUCAAAGGAUUCUAAAUGAAUGUGGGCAGAAGCUGCUUGACUUGAAGAUGACAGAUUUUGGAGCUUUUGUAGAAGCUAAUCUUUCACCGAAACCCUCUGAUGACGGAAAGGAGAAGGCGAAGAUUAAUCCUAGCUCAAGUGCAGUUUAUCUCGUGGACCAGCUCGUUGCUACAUUUCCAGGUUUUGGCGACCACUACGAGAUUCAUGGCGAGAAAGUGUAUCUCUUGAAGCGUGCUCAACUGGCCGUCGCAUGCAUUCAUCGUCGAUUUGAGGGUGCCGAUUCCAAACUAAUGUUUAAAGACAUCAACAAAUUAACAGCUUUGAGCGACAAUGUCUUGCCCUGUGUUCUUCAUGCUGUAGGUGUCCUCGAGUAUGACCCCGAAUUGGAGGCACGAAUCAAUCAAAACGAAGAACUUCCGGCCGGACAAUACGAGUGCGAAUUGCGCGCUGCAGCUCUCGUGGCAUGUGAUGAGAUCGUCAAGGCGAGCAAAGGUCGCAUCAAUAUUCUUCAGCUAGACUACUACUUGUGGCGCUUAGAAUGUAUGACGCAGCCACCGUGGCCUUGCCGUCUUUGCCAUCGAUCUCGCUGGCUUCAAGACAGCCUCCAGCGCCACACAUUGCGACUAAAGUUUUUGGCAAGAACCGGUGCUGCGUACAACUACCUCGUGAUGGAAUGA